GAAAGCUUUGCCCACAGUGAGCCGCAGCCCUGCACUCUGAGUGACCCCUCCGCACAGCCGCACUCGCUCCUCCUCUGUAGCUCCAGCACGGACUAUGUUGUGCGAUCUUUCCUGAAUUCUGUCAUUCACAUUCCUGUCAGAGCGAUCUCAUCCAAUUCAGCACGUCGGUCCCGAUCCCCGAAGUCCUCACACCGCCCAGGAGCCAUGUAUCUCAAAUGUGGAAUUUCAAUUGCUCUGCUUGCAGUUGCUGUGGGUGUUUAUUUGUUGCCAUCCCCCAUUGAUCCAGAGCCAUUUACGUUUGAAAAACCUCCUCCUCCGCUAGUGGGGUCUUUGGCCGUAAACAGAAAACUUCAACAAGGAAGAAGGAUAUUUUAUGGGCAGCUGAAAGGCCCCGAAUCAUUUACCACUGACAAUGAAGGAGACAUUUACACUGGUACUGUGGAUGGGAAACUGUGGGUGAUCAGAGGAGAACAGCUAUUCUUCAUAACACAGAUGGGCCAGAACGUGUCAGAGUGUGGCACCCCAGAAUAUGAACCUAUCUGUGGGCGGCCACAUGGGAUUAGAAUGGCUCCUGAUGGAUACCUGAUUGUGGCAGAUUCCUAUUUUGGAUUGUAUAGAGUACACCCACAGACUGGAGAGAAAAGCCUUCUGAUUUCAAAUGAAGACGGACUGGAUAAGAUUCCUUUUAGAUUUUUGAAUGGACUGGAAGUCUCCAAGAAUGGGACCAUCUAUUUUACAGACUCAAGCAGUAAAUGGGGUAGACGGCAUCAUAGAUAUGAGGUAUUAGAAACGAAUCACCUGGGCCGACUCAUUCAAUAUGACCCUGUGACACAGAAAGCAAGGAGUCUCCUGGACAAUCUCUACAUGGCUAAUGGGAUAGCACUUUCUCCAGAGGAGGAUUUUAUCUUAGUAGCAGAGACCAGUAUAUGCAGAAUUGUACGGUAUUGGUUAACUGGCACUAAAGCAGGUAUGAAAGAAGUGUUUGUGGACAAUUUACCUGGCUAUCCAGAUAAUAUCAGGAUUUCCUCUAUGGGCACGUACAGAGUCGGCUUGUCUACUACACGAUUCCCUGGGCGUUUUACACCAUUUCUAGAUGCCAUUGCUCCUUAUCCUGUGCUGAAAAGACUAAUUGUAAAGGUUAUCCCACUGUCUCUAUACAGCAUUCUUCUAAGGAAGCAUGGCUUGUUUUUGGAAGUAGGUGAUGAUGGAAAGAUCUUGGCAAGCUUCCAUGACCCCGAUGGUACUGUAACCUGGGCGAUCAGUGAUGUUUUUGAGCAUGGAGAAAACCUGUAUAUAGGCAAUACUGAACUGCCAUUCCUAGUGAUUUUGCCUCGGCCGCAAUAAAUUGCACAUUAGAACACUCUUGUUACAAAAUAAUCUUUAAUAUUUCAGGUUAUUGUGUGUUGCUGAAGCAGUACUGAAAGAUCAAAUGCACCUUCAAAUGUUUGUCUAUUUUUUGUGUUUCUCUGUACAUAGUAUCCUCCACAUUUUAUAUUACAAAGUCCUGGAACAGUCCAGUGUGAAGGCUAGACAAUUCAACAGUUAUUUUUUUAAAUAAAUUGUUACUGUAACCGUA